CACACACACACACACACACACACACACACACAUACAUAGGCUCACACAUGCUUACUAAUGCUUACUCAUUCCAAAAUGAACAUAUUGAUGCCACCAAGCUCACGUUCAUUGUGACAGAAAGGUAAACAGAAACUUUGUAUUCCACAGUCCGGUAAAGCUUUUCUAUAAUCCGGAUCUUGAAAAGUUGAAGAAAUAGAAAAAGAUUUCAGACCAAGUUUUUCAAUAUAUGUAUUUCUUAUAUUUUUUCCUCAUCCUUUGUUCAUUAUCUUUACGUGCAAUGGCAUAUUACAUUUACCUUCUGGAACUUUCUCGCACUUACGAGGUUAUCUGUGUAUGAUCUUCCUGAGCGACCCGAGCACAGCAUAAAAUCUCUCCAAAUCUAUUGGCUAAUGAAAAGCAUACAUCUUAAAAUAACUUAAAAUACGAGAUGCUAACGAUCGUUUUGGAGACGCUUAGAUUAUCAGCCGAAAAGUUCCCAAAAACAGAAUGCUUGAAAACGAAACUAAAAAAAGAGCCAUAGAAGUGAGGCCGCAGCCAUCUCGGUUAAGUGUGUCGGGGCCUGGUGGUUUAACACUUGUGGCUCCACUACCUUGCUCACUGGGCUAGUUUCAGGCAGCCAGAGCAGCGCAGAACCCUGGCACAGGAACCUCCAGUGGGAUGUUGAUAAUGCCACGCCGCUGCAUGCUAGAGCUCUCCAACACCUCCUCUGUCUCUAUCACCUCCUCCAUCUUCCUGAGGAAUCACUAGCAAAGAAAUAUUUUUUUAUCUAUUUUCUUUGUAGGAUUUCACAAAUUUUCACGUCAAUCUUUGUUAUUUUAUUUGGGCUAUUUUUGAUUUUGUACUACUUAGUGAGUUCAUAUUGUUUUAUGACUCUGUAUUUUAAGGAUUUAAGUUUAAAGGUCAUCAAGAGACGACUCUAUUGCUGUUAGCCUUUUGGGUUGCGAUAAGAGUGUUGCUCCAAAAAUGAGUAAAUCAGGAUGUGUAACCAACACAUGAAAUGAGGUAAAAGCUCUUCUUCCUAUUCCCAAUUUAGUCGCAACUUCCCCAUAUCCCUGAGAAUCGGCAGCCCGGCAGUCAUAGUUCCCUAUCCCUUUACUUGCUUCUGGCCUAGUCUUCACUAUACAGUCUGGUAUGUUUUAACUAUACAGUCUGGUAUAAAACAUUUUUUUUCUUAUUGAACGCAUCAGUUUUCCUUCCCCAAUAUUUACAUGAAUCUAUCAUACUGGCCUUCCUUAUGAGAUGGAUUAUGGUAACAGAGACUGAAAAUCCUGGUCAGCUAUAUUUCAUUUGGCUAAAAGAGCCUUGCCUAUUGCUUCAUUCUAUUUUGAAAGCCCUCCCUAAAUUCAUAGAAAUUCCGUGCAACAGUUUCCAAGCAAACAUUUCCAAGAAGCUAGCUGGCAAGGUACUGAAAGGAUAGCAUGUUUCUCUGGGAGUUUGUUAUAGGUGAGAGUAUUCUAAUCGAAAAGUAAUUGAAAGGUUUACUUGGAAGAAUAAAUCAGACGGUGUACAACGUUAAUAAAAGAACACUUUAUUAAUGUCAAUGUGAAAGCUAAGCAGUUAAUUUGAAUCCCAAUUUUCACAACCAUGUUUCCCUCCCUGCUCGGGUGAAUCAUGUGUCAGUUCAGUGAAAACAUGGCUCCUAACAAAAGUGGUUUGCGUUUAGUUACAGGCUGUUUUACAAUUCCUCGUCUGCGCUUCCCUUUCUGUCACUUCUCCAUAAUUCUUGGUAUUUCAGUUCCACCGGCCCCGUUUCUCAAGCUUCCCCUUUUCCCCAUAGAUUCCUAUAAUUCACGGUUGCCUCUUCUUCCUCUUGCCUUGUACAAACAAGAGCGUACGUGGGGAAAUCAGGCAGCCACAGUGACAUGCAAAACCACAGGCCUGCAGAUAUGGGACUUGCAAGAUUGUGCGUUGUGUCAAAGUUUUGCCACAGCAACAGCAGACAGGGAAAGAGAAACCGGACCACUUGACACACAGGACACUUCCCUAUUCGGACCACUGGGAACAAAGCAUCCACAGUGGUUGUUCAUUUGUGUGCAGAACAUUCUCUGAUACACAACAUAGGUGUUUUGGACGCUGGGAUAUGACUUCUCAACCGGAUAAAAAGUGUGGCCCUACAUGUAUGUUUGUACGUGACCGUACUUUUGUGCGCAUUUGAGAGAUGUGUAGAUAAAGCUAGGGAGGAGAGAGGAGAGAGGAAUGGGGAGACUAGAGUGAGAGAGAAAGAGAGAGAGAGUGAGAGAGAAAGAGAGAGAGAGAGAGAGAGAGAGAGAGAGAGACAGAGAGAGAGAGAGAGAGACAGAGGGAGAUGGUGAAAUUGUAUUCAUUAAACCCCUUUGUUGUUCUCCCCACCCUGGUUUCCCCAGUAACACGGUUUCCUGUCUCAGUGUUUCCUGUUUAUCUCGCUGUUGGUUGUUUUACAAAAGACUCGCGUUGUCAGAUGGAACCACGACGUGUGUGACUUCAUCCCAUCAGUGACAUGUGUUAAACCCCAACGCACGUCGUUCGUAGCCCGUGUGACAAACGUGUUUGUGUACAUAUUUAAAGAUUACGGGAGAUGCAUAUUUAAUAAUUUAUUAACGUCAUCUUCUCAUUUUCAGUUUACUGAAAACGACUUGACACGCCAUUACUAGUUAUCUCAAAAUCUUUUAGAAUUCAACCUUUCCUACAAUGGAAAGGUUCUUGUGACGUAGUUACCAUCCACACUGGCAACCAAUAACCAUUCCGCGCGCCAGAUCAACUGUGUUUUGUCACGUUUGCACAAACCCAUAUUAGAAAGCACAUGGUAAAGUAAAGUAGGCCAUGCCAUUUCACCUUAUCUUCCAACCCGCCCUGUGUAGCUAUGUCAACCUGGGCUGGGCCGACCUCAGGGGGGCCCGUGUUCUUGUCGUCUGUGUGUAGUACUUUUAUAAGAUGUCAAAUGCAAAAAGGACCACGCUGGGAUUCUAAAACGUGGCCCCUCCCCUUGCCCUCUUUUCCAGCCUGUAACAUUAAAGUUGAGGCGCGCAGUGACGAGGAGAACGGGCUCGCCUGUGACGUCAAUGGCGAGGAGGAGUGUGCGGAAGACUUGCGCGUGCUCGGGGCCUCAGCGGCCCGGGCGAACGGCUCCCAGGCGGGCCCCGACUCCAAGGGCUACGCCUCGGCCGGGGGCAUCCGCCUGCCCAACGGGAAGCUCAAGUGUGAUAUCUGUGGGAUAGUUUGCAUUGGCCCCAAUGUGCUGAUGGUGCACAAGCGCAGCCACACUGGAGAGCGUCCGUUCCAGUGUAACCAGUGCGGGGCGUCGUUCACCCAGAAGGGGAACCUGCUGCGGCACAUCAAGCUGCACUCGGGGGAGAAGCCCUUCAAGUGCCACCUGUGUAACUACGCCUGCCGCCGGCGGGACGCGCUCACCGGACACCUACGCACGCACUCUGUCGGAAAGCCCCAUAAGUGUGCGUACUGUGGGCGGAGCUACAAGCAGCGCAGCUCCCUGGAGGAGCAUAAGGAGCGAUGUCAUCACUACUUGCAGUGCAUGGGGCUCCAGAACAGCCUCUACACAGUAGUAAAGGAAGAAAGCAACCAGAAUGAGCAGAGGGAAGACUUAAGCCAAACCGGAUCCGAGAGAGCUCUGGUGCUAGACAGACUAGCUAAUAAUGUAGCUAAACGUAAGCGCACUAUGCCUCAGAGGUUUAUGGGUGAGAAGCGUCUGUCGGAGCUGUCCUUCGAGGGCGGGGCCGUGGAGAUGAUCCAACCCCACGUCAUGGACCAGGCCAUCAACAGCGCCAUCAGCUACCUGGGGGCGGAGUCUCUGCGGCCGCUGGUGCAGACCUCGCCCGCCUCCUCCUCCGGGGGGGGCGGCGACGCGGCGCUGACCUCCAUGUACGCCUCGCUGCACGCCAAGCUCCCCCCGCCGCCGAACCCCGACGGCGGCGGCGGCGGCGGCGGCGGUGGCGGCGCGGGCAACGGCCUGUCGUCCAAGGACAGCGCGGCCGAGAACCUGCUGCUGCUCUCCAAGUCCAAGUCGUCCAGCGAGAAGGACGGCUCGGCCAGCCCCCCCAGCGGGCGGGACUCCAGCGACUCGGAGAGCAACAACGAGGAGCCGCGCUCCUCCGGCCGCGGCGGGGGAGGGGCCGGAGCCGGGGCCGGGCCGGGCCUCAUCUACCUGGCCAACCACAUGGCGUCGGGGGGGCUGCGCAACGGCGGGCUGCCCCUGGUGAAGGAGGAGCAGCAGAGGCAGCUGGCGGACGCCCUCCGGGCCAGCAUGGAGCUGGCCUCGGAGGGCUUCAAGGUGGUGGCGGGCGACGGGGAGCAGGUGCGUGCGUACCGCUGCCAGCACUGCCGCGUGCUCUUCCUGGACCACGUCAUGUACACCAUCCACAUGGGCUGCCACGGCUUCAGGGACCCCUUCGAGUGCAACCUGUGCGGCCACCGCAGCCAGGACCGCUACGAGUUCUCCUCCCACAUGACCCGGGGGGAGCACCGCUACUGA